ACGUGUGGCGUUUACUCGUCGCGGAAGUCGCCGGUGUUUGUAGCACUUCCGUCUUCUGCUCCAACUGGUACACAGAAAUGACGGCAACUCUGCGUCCGUACCUGAAUGCAGUGCGUGCUACACUGCAAGCCGCUCUCUGUCUGGAGAACUUUUCCUCACAGGUGGUUGAACGACAUAACAAACCCGAGGUUGAAGUGAGGAGCAGUAAAGAGCUGUUGCUUCAGCCUGUUGUGAUCAGUAGGAAUGAUAAAGAGAAGGUUCUAAUAGAAGGAUCCAUCAACUCUGUAAGAGUCAGCAUUGCUGUAAAACAGGCUGAUGAGAUUGAAAAGAUUCUGUGCCACAAGUUCAUGCGUUUUAUGAUGAUGAGAGCCGAGAACUUCUUCAUUCUGCGGAGGAAACCUGUUGAGGGAUAUGACAUCAGUUUCCUCAUUACUAACUUCCACACAGAACAGAUGUACAAGCAUAAGUUAGUGGACUUUGUCAUUCACUUUAUGGAGGAGAUUGAUAAAGAAAUCAGCGAGAUGAAGCUGUCAGUCAACGCCAGGGCUCGCAUAGUUGCAGAGGAGUUCCUCAAAAAUUUUUAGGAGAUUAUCAGUGCACUCUCUGCUGGCUGCAGUACCCGCCGUGUCACCUCAGAAUAGUGGAUGAAGAGUUUUGGGGCCAGUGAGGGAGGAGUUAAAGUGUGAUUGACGACCAACCUGGAACAUCACCAAAGGGGAAAGAGUAAAGGAUGUGGCCUCUGUCAGAGGAUUGAAUUCAGAGGAUUGCAGUAUUUAAGAGCAGACUGAUGGAUUUCAAUGAUAGACGUUGUACUCCUUUUGCUGUUUCAAACUUUUUUUUGUAUUUGAUUUGUCAUCCCACCCUCCCCUGCCUUUUAUGUCAAUAUUUGUCAAUGCCCUUUAACUAAUGACCUCAUUUGUUAAAAGUAUUCUGUUUUUCUGAAAUUCCUAUAUUGUUUCCUGCUUGAUAGCUUAUCUAAGACCCCUUCAUUUUUAGUUUAGUGGUAGGUAAGUGCUCACAACAUUGCAAUAUUUUUAAUAUGCCUCAGCUUUCCCUUGUGCUCAUGAAUAUGUAUGUACAUAUUAAAAAUGCAUAGACUCAUUUUACCUCUGCCUUUCUAACAAACUUUAAAAUCAGGGCGAGUCUAUAUAGAUAAAAUCGAAUUGAUGCUCAUGAGCACAAAGGAAAAAAUGUUCCAAUAAUUUAAACGCUCUGUUUUGUCAGUGUUUUUUAUAAAUAUGUAUACUGUGUUCAAAUGACCAUUUUCAUGUUGUUUUGAUAUAAAUAGACCCACACACUGGUGCACAUGGAACAUACCAUAUCAGUGAUGGCAAAAUGAUGAUAAUGCUAAAAUAAAUCCCUUUAUUGCUUCUA